AUGAUUGUCAACAAGACAAUAACGUCCUUAGCUAUCUUGCUUCUAUUAAACAUUUCUGCAUCGGGUGUAAGAACGAAGCUUCAUAGGAGGCUUGUUGAGACGAGCAAUGAUGUGAAAGGCAUAUGUCAAUUAAUGGUGGAGACGCAAGGGUACGCUUGCGAAGAACAUAAAGUCACAACCGAAGACGGAUAUAUUUUAAGUCUUCAAAGAAUCCCAACAGGUCGAUCUAAUAGCAAGAAAGGGGCUAAAGCGCCAGUUCUUCUUCAACAUGGACUUAUAAGUGAUGCUUCGACAUGGUUAGAUUCUCCCGAUCAAUCCUUGGGAUUUAUAUUAGCGGACAAUGGAUUUGACGUUUGGCUAGCCAAUGUUCGGGGGACAAGUUAUAGCAGCGGACACACUUCCCUCACUCCAGAUAGUUCCGACUAUUGGAAUUGGUCAUGGGACGAGCUAGCCAUCUACGAUCUCCCUGCAUUCUUCCGAUAUGUUCAUGACAAAACGGGACAAAAGCUUCACUACGUCGGCCACUCCUUAGGGACUUUAAUGGCUUUGGGCGCAUUUUCGAGAGAAGAAGUGUUGAACAUCGCGAGAUCGGCCGCUAUGCUUAGUCCCAUAGCUUAUAUGGGACAAAUGCUGUCUCCAUUAGCUAGAGCUGCAGCUGAUCUCUUUAUAGCCGAUGCCUUAUAUUGGCUCGGACUCAAGAAAUUCGCUCCCGGAGGGGGAGCUGCUUCCAAACUUUUGAAGGAUAUCUGCACCACAAUUGAUUGUACUUCUAUAGAAAAUGCGAUCACAGGCCCGAAUUGUUGCCUGAAUUCUUCUAGCUCGUUGAGUAAGCAACAGCCCACCGCAACGAAGAACAUGAUUCAUCUCGCCCAAAUGAUCCGAAAAGGGACCAUAGAAAUGUACGACUAUGGUAACGGUGACGACAACAACAAACACUACGGACAAGGAACACCUCCGGCUUACAAUAUGACAAGCAUCCCCAACGAUCUUCCUCUAUUUCUUGGGUACGGUGGUCAAGACUUGCUUUCGGAUGUCAAGGAUGUGCAAACUCUGAUCGACACAUUAUCCGACCACGAUCCCAACAAGCUCGUGUUGCUCUAUAGGGAAGACUACGCUCACUUAGACUUUGUUCACGGAACGAAUGCUAAUCAAGUAGUGUAUGAUCCCCUCAUGGCGUUCUUCGAGCGCAAUUAG